UGGAAAUACCUGAAUGGUUCUAACUUUACUUCUACGGACACUUAAGCAUUGUUUUCAUUAUGGUAUUGUCCAACAAUGCACGACAAUGUUACAGGUGUAGCUGAUGAGAACAGCAGCACUUCAAUUCUAUUGGCUGGUGACUCAUCGACAUUACUUGAGAAAACAACAACCACACUUCCAUCAGUCCACCACGACUUUUAUGAUACACCAAAGCAAAGAUAUGACGAAGAAGGGACUGUCCAUCUGGUUGCCGUGGUAUCCAGCGUUAUUGUAUUCAUAGGGAUGAUAUUUACUGUUAAAUCCAUCAUAUCCUUUAUAAGGACUCCUCGACGACCCAAUAACAACACAUGUAGUGGUAUUCGACCCGGUCCUUCUUUUCUCCACUGGCUUGCUGACGAACCUCCUCCCUACCCUGGUAAAUAUUCCCGGACAAAUGUGAAUUAUCUUCCUUCUUACGAAUCGGCAAUUGAAAUUAAUCGACGUCUGCAGUGGGUCCGUGACGCAGCGGAAGUGGCAAGGGCCAAGGAGGAGGAAGUUGACCAAAAGGCGCUUACAUCAGAAGUAACAAGUGAAAGCGGUAAUGAUGUAGUAGUGUUCAUGGUGGGUGGAGACUUAGAAACAUCUCAAGAAAACUUUGUGAAUUACGACAUUGAUAGACAGGUGAGCACUGUACACCCACCAACAGAUACUUCUAUAGAUAUUGAAAGAGGAGAAGGUAUGACUGUAGAAAGUGAUUUACAAGGGGCUACUGGAAGCCUAUCACUAAACUCUGAAGCAGAUAAUGUGGGAGAGAUUGUGAACGAUUUAGACGUUCCUAAUAAUCAGUCUCGGCUGUAAUGACACUGGGUGAUAGGGAAACAUUUCAUGUUUUGUUGAAGGUAAAUUUUAAUGCCCAGUGUUAUAAUGUACACACCUUCUAAACUAUGCUUGUUUUGUCAAUGUCAUGUAUAUUCCAAAUACAUUAUUUUUACAUAAAAUAGAUAUAUCAAGCCUUUUAUCUUGAUUAUUUGAAGUUCUGUUUUAUACAUUAUGAAUGAAGUCACGAAAAGUGCCAUAUGCGUUACUGUGACUGAUGUGGGUAUUCUUAUUAAGAGAGAUUACUCAUGUAUUAAUUUAUAUACAUGAACAUGAAUUUGUUGUUAUACUGUCAAUAACAUCAAAUGCUUGUGUAUGAAUACAUUUUAUUGUGAUCAAUUUGUUUACUUAUUUAAUAAAAGACAAAAGCAAAAUUAAA